GCGAAUUAUUCAGAAAUGUUGGUAACAAUCAGACAGGCGAGGCAGAAAACUAGAGCCCUCUUCAAUCAUCUUCCAUAUGCCCAAUCCGCCAUUAACAAGAAUACCCUUUUGUUCUAUCUAUUUUACUCCACUAAUACUCAUUUUGCCGCCUCCUCAAAGGCAAUCCCUUCAUACCCAUAUCCCUUUUUACCUGUUUCUUCAAAUAUUUUGUCAACUUCAAGAAUCGGCGAAUUGCAGCAGAAAGAUGUUGUUUUAUCCUUUAAGGAGUGGUUCAUGACCAGAAAAAAUCCACUCUUUGAUCAGAUCUUUGAGAUAUUACGAACCAAAGAUGAUAUUACAGCUGAUAUAUCAAUGUCGAGAUUCAAUCUUCGACUCUCUGAGGCAUUGAUUCUUGACGUGUUAAACUAUGAGAAAAAUAAAGAUGUAUUGUCGUGUUUGAAAUUCUUUGAUUGGGCGGGUCGACAACCGGGUUUUCAUCAUACUCGUUCUACUUUUAAUGCCAUUUUCAGGAUUUUAGCUAAGGCCAAAAUGAUGUCUUUGAUGGCUGAGUUCUUGGAUAAGUAUAUGAAGCAAAGGUAUUUCCAUAAAGCUAGGUUUUACAAUACUUUGGUAAUUGGGUAUGCGGUGGCAGGCAAGCCUGAGCUUGCACUCCAACUGUUUGGUAGAAUGCGGUUUCAGGGUGUUGAUUUGGAUGCAUUUGCUUAUCAUGUGUUACUUAAUGCUUUGGUGGAGGAUGGAUUCUAUGAUGGGUUUGAGAUGGUUUUGAAGCAGAUUAAAUUUAGAGGUUUUGAGGAUGCAAUAACACAUGCUAUAUUCGUUAAGAGUCUUUGCCAGCAAACAGAGUUGGAUAGAGCUGAGGACUAUCUUAGAGGGUUGUUGAGGAAUGGAGGGGUAGGAUUGAGUGGGAUUGUCGUGGCUAAUCUUGUGGAUGCUUUAUGUAAAAAUAAGCAGUUCACAAGAGCUGCAAGUUUGGUGCAGGAAUUUAGAGAGUCUGGUUUGGUUCCAAUGGAGCAGGCAUAUAGUGUGUGGAUUAAGGACCUUGCUCAGGCUGGGGAGCUAAGUGAGGCAGUUGAAUUCUUGAAAGGCAAGAAACUGGCUGAUGGGUAUGUUCCUGACGUUUUUCGCUAUAACAGCUUAGUGUGUCGGCUUUUAAGAGAAAACAGGCUGGAGGAGGUUUAUGACUUGUUGAUGGACAUGAAGGAUCAAGAUAUAAUACCUGAUGAUGUCACCAUGAAUGUAACUUUGUGCUUCUUCUGCAAGGUGGGGAUGGCAGAUGUUGCCGUCGAGCUAUAUGACUUGAGAGCAGAAUUUGGCCUCUCUGUAAGCAGUAUGACCUAUAACUAUCUUAUAAAUACUUUAUUAGGUGAUGCAAGUGUUGAUGAAGCAUAUCUCGUGUUGAAGAAUGCCAUUCAACAAGGUCAUUUCCCUGGUAGGAGGACAUUUUCUAUUAUUGCUGAUGCUCUUUGCCGAGAGGGGAAGCUUGAUAGAGUGAAAGAGUUGGUUCUUGCUUCUCUGGAACGGAAUUGUGUGCCCAGUGACUCAACCUAUAACAAAUUCAUAUCAGCCUUAUGUAGGGCCAGCAGGGUGGAAGAUGGAUACUUGGUACAUGGAGCACUCAGCAGAUUCGAUAAGGUUACUAGCAAGACUACUUAUUUUGACUUGAUUAGUGGCUUUAACAAGUCAAGCAGGGGAGAUAUUGCAGCAAGAUUGUUAAUAGAAAUGCAAGAAAAAGGUCAUAGUCCAGACCGGCGAUUAUACAGGGCGGUUAUUUGCUGUUUAUGUCAAAUGGAGGAUCCAGAUAAGCUAUUUUACAGUUUAUUAGAGGUUCAGUUGUCUCGGCAUGAACCUAGCUGCCUUGUUUAUAAUUACUUCAUUGAUGGAGCUGGUCAUGCUGGAAAACCUGAGCUGGCCAGAGAUGUAUAUGAAAUGAUGAAGAGAAACGGUAUCACACCAAAUUUGCAGUCUGACAUUUUAAUCUUGCAAAGUUACUUAAAAGCUGGAAAAAUUGCUGAUGCCUUAAAUUACUUUCGUGACUUGUCAAAUAGAAGAGGUCUAGGAAGAAAACUAUGGAAUAACAUGGUUGUUGGGCUUUGUAAAGCUAACAAGCCUGGAAAUGCAUGGAACAUGUUCUGGGAGAUGAGGUCAACUCAUUUGAGGCCAAGUAUGGAAUGCUAUGAGGAACUUGUUAAGUUGCUUUGCUCACAUAGAGAUUAUUAUAAGGCUAUUCUUCUGGUUGAAGACUUGAUGCAAGUUGGUCGUCAGGUUUCAUCCUUCAUUGGCAAUGUACUUUUGUUACACUCGUUACAAACUCAUAGAGUCUUUAGUGCUUGGAUGCACUCAAGAGACUUGCGCAAUACGAAGGAUCACAGCUUAGCUCUAGGCGAUCUGAUCAAGACUUUCUCUGGUUGUAGUGAUCUGGAGUGUGAUAUUUUGCAAAUUGAAGAACUGAUUCGACAAUGUUUUCCUCUUGACAUCUACACUUACAAUUUGUUGUUGAGAAAACUAACCAUAAGCGAAAUGGAUCUUGCUUGUAAUUACUUUGAGAGAUUAUGCAAGAAAGGAUAUGAGCCAAAUAGAUGGACUUACGACAUAUUAGUUCACGGUUUCUUAAAAGUUGGCCGGUCUUCUGAGGCUAGAAGAUGGAUGGAAGAAAUGUUCAGUAAAGGUUUUGAUCUGACUGAGGCUACAAAGACAUUUGUUUAAACUAUUGAUGAAUCUCAUUCAAGAUGUAAUGGGGUUCCUCAUUCAGGUUGGUCUGCUUGGCUGUGAUUGUUGAUGUGGCUGUCUGAAAGUAAGCUGGUGGCACAUGAAACAUAAAUAGAAAUAUUAGUGCAUUUGAAGAUGGAGUACUAUUGGUAUCGGUUGUCCUGAUUCCUACAGAGUUAUGGGGCCAGGCUGGAAAAGUUCUCUGGGUUUAAUGCAUGAGUCAGUGAAGUAACCAUUAUAAUGGGUGCCAUGUCCUGUGCUCUGAGUGAAUCUUAAAGGUAGAGAAGCAGUAGCAGGAACAUGGAGAAAAGCCUCAACGGUGUGAUGCGAACUGAUUAACAAGCUUACUUGGUUCAGUGUUUUAAGCAGGCCCCGAUGAUAACCAAGCUUCUGCUAGGUGGCCCCGAGAAAGGAGAGAGGACCCCGAGAACUGGAAAGACAACUGCUCUACUUCUAUCCAUCACACCUUUUCUUGAGGUAGUCACAACUUUAUAGCAACGUGGAAGGUGCCUUGGUCCAUGUAAAUGUCAUCUGGCCAAAGGCACUAGUGCAUUGCUAUUAGAUUCAGCUAUAUUUAUGUCUUGCAGGUCAUCAUCAACUUCAUGGCAAGCAGCCAAAUGAAAUUAAGGGUGCUGCUCCUAGUAAUUUCUGACCGUGCUUCGAUCCUGGAACAGUCAUUUUGUUGCUCAGGCCUUUCAAUCUUUCUCUGCGGCUUGUAAUUAGCCCUGGGGAAUACUUGAGUGUCUAGCCUGCGGAAGCUUGAAACACGUCUUCCAUGAUGGCGUUGUUUUGAUAAACUACUCUACUUGGAGGUCCUCCUUGAUAUUAAUAAGAUGAGCUUAUUUGAUGUCUCGUCUGAGUUCUGACAUAUAGAAGACUUACUAUUUAUUGCAGCAGACUGGAUGUUUCUUUGUGCUUUUGGGUCUGGGAAUCUCACUUCUAUCAUGAAGAUCUAUCAGGGAUGACCUGCAACUGAGAGAGCUUACUUGUACAUCGUCCCAGCUUUUAUGCUUGAUACAUCCCACAAUGCUUUUUGUACUUUU